CGGACAACAUGCUCCUUACCCGGACUGGUACAUCGCCUUCCCCGUGAUGACCGUCUGGACGACGUUCUCGAAGCCCGCCCGGCGGACGUCCGCCACGAAGGAGACGCGCGUCCGGAAGAGCAGCUCCCCCCGGUCGCCGUCCUUGGUCGCGGAGUUCCGAAUGGUGUUCUCGUUCGGCACGAGGUAGUCCUCGGCGACGUGCAGCGCGCCGUCGGUGGCGACGGGCGUGCCGUCCUCGUCCGCGAGCCGCUCGACGAGGGCCACCACCGUCUCCAGGGCGGCGGCGUUCGCCUCGUCGACGGUGGCGUACACCUUCUGCGACAUUAUCUUGAGCAGGUCCCGCUUCUUCGCCGCCGCCAUCGUCUCCGCGCGCACGCGGGCCGCGGCGUCCUCCGAGAGCCCCUCGACGCAGCGCUGGUCCCAGUGCUGGACGCCGGACUCGACCUUGGUGUAGAGGAUGAAGCCGGGCUGCUUGGGCGCGCUCUUGACCUUCUUCGGGCGCGGCUGAGGGACGUGCGGCGGCGGCGGCCGCUUCGGCGGCGCCUGGCCGCUCGGCGGGAGCUUCCGUUGCAGGUGCGCGGGCAGCCUCCUGCGUUCGGACUCGUUCGCCGUCAUCAGGAUGGCCUCCUGCGUCGCCGGGUCCUCGCACUGGAUGUAGCCGCGCACCAUGUCGUUGGCGAUGUCGCCGCGGCUGCCGCCCAGGUCGAGGACCUGCUGGAGCGUGCGCGCGGCCUUGUAGCGGUCGUAGCGGUCGGCGGAGGCGCCCUUCUUCGGAUUUUCUUGCUGCACGCGGCAGGCGGCGGAGAGCUGGUGCUGCUCCACUUUGACCAUGGUGGCGAUUCCUCUGGAAAAACGCAGCGCUGCCCGGCGCAAAUAGUUGGCUCGAGUUCUCUGAAGCCAAGGGGGAACAACUGUCUGCGCCGACAGCGCGCGCAGGGCGUGACUAGUAUCUCAAGCCGCUAG